AUGGCUAAGAUCGGUGAAGUCUACGAAUUCAUGGUUCUUAAUAAUGACCUUUUCAAGCAUCAGCCAAAGGUCACCGGCUCUCAGGUUCAAACGUUCAGCUCUGUUACCGAAAAGAUGCUGGAGCCAAGUGAGAAGCUCGACGCAGCAUACUGGAAGAGUGACAUGGUCUUACCUGUACGAUUUGCGGGGGCAGUCUCGGAGCUAAUCCCUAAUGAGCAGUUCGGCGCUAACUUCUUAAUUGCACUUGGCCCAUCCAAGGCGCUCUCCGGCCCAAUCCCACAAAUAAAGAAGCCACUCGCGGGAAAGAUCAGCAAUGUUCCUUGUACAUCUUGCUUGACUUGUUGCGAGGGAUUGGUUCUUGCACUAUUGUCAGAAGUAAGGCUUUAG